UCCUGACCAUCUGCUGACCAUACGGCCAGGCGACCAGGUGUACUUGAAAGUGAUUAAGAGAAGGUGGGACCAACCUAGAAGGGAAGGCCCGUACACAGUUAUCCUAGCAACUCCAACAGCUGUUAAAGUUGCAGAUAAACAGUAAUGGCAGAAUCAGGAGUGAAGAUAGAGUAUUCAGACAGCCCUACUAGGCCUGGGACCAGUCAGUCACUGGAGAGACCCUUGUGGCGCCCAUCCGCAGCCAACCAGCCAGAGGUCCCGCCCGACGUCAAAGUGGGGAAGUUUUGGCUUCAGCGGUUGGCAUCCAUUCAUCCUGCAUCCGCCCAGGGGGGGCAGCCAGAGCCACAGAGGGCACCUCUCUGGACCCUAGUUCCAGAGCCACGCGCGCCUAGAUCACCGAUGACACCACCACAGUCUCCUGUCUAUUCUGGAUCCUCAACACCACCUACUCCCAGGGCCUUAACGCCAAUUCCAGAGUCUCAGAAGUCACCCAGACCGGGGCCAAGCCACUCUCAGAGCCCAUACAGACCUCCGAUCGUCGACCUUCUGUCACUAAGCCCCGUGUCCACUGCCAGCAUGACCUAUGAGCAUUCCGGACAUGAUGAAGGGUCUACACGUUCUAACACCCCUGUCCAGGGAAGUGCAGCUGAGUCUACAGUGACAGCGUGGGGAGAUGUUGCUGAUUCCACUGUGCAAGAACACCUUAUGCAACUCCCCAAGCCUGAAUUCCAAAGAGAAAUUCGAAAGCUGCCUCCAAGCUGGGCCCAGGAGAUCAAAAGGAAAAGAAAUAAUUACAAUGCCCGCUGUCAGUAUGCUCAACGCAAGCAGAUGUAUGCAACCGCCCUGCAGACCACAGAGCACUAUGCCCAUCAUCUCAUUCGCCAAAACGAUGCGUGGGAGCGGGCUUGGGAGAGGAGCAUCCACGAGUUGGGUGAGGUGAGAGUUGAGAAUGCCCGCUACACUGAGAGGAAUGCUGAUCUGAUGCGAGAGGUGGCUGAACUACAAAAGCAAGUGAAAGGUCAGGAAGAUCAUUCCAACUUCAUCACUCGCAAGUUGUCUGAAGCCCUUCACACCAUUGGAGCCCAGAGUAAAGAGAUCCAGAGACUCACUGCUGAAAAUGUCAGGCUUCAGGUGGUCAAUGACCAACUCAUGGCUAAUAAGGGAGUUGGUGGAGAAAGUGCUCCUGCACGCCAAUCAGUGGGUGGGGAGUAAGGCCAUGAAAGGACUGAAAGUCUGGCUUGAAUGAUGCCAUAUACUGUGAUUAUGCAUAAUAUGUAACCUAAAAUAUAUAUUCAUUUCAUGUGUCUUACUUAUACAUCCUAUGCCUUAAUUAGCAGUUAACAUAUAUCUAUUAGUUGAUCUUUCUUAUUUUGAAUUCUAUCAUAAUUGAUGACAAUCACAGUGUGUUAUGCAAGGUGCUCUGCAAUUGUGGAUGAACAAUACUAUGGCCAUGGCAGGUUGGAUUUUGUGUGUUUCAUGUCGCCUUUGCUUAGCAC